UCGCUGGGGUGAAUGAAGUGACAUGGGCAGCUAGCUGGGUGAUGUAUGGGAGGGGAAGACAAAUUAACCAUGUACUCUCUGGGGGAUUCUCAGCAGAGGCUUUGGUAGCACCAGUGGAGCAGCGCCAAAGGGCAGAGAGAUUUGUAGAUGAUGGUGCUAAUUACCAGAAUGCAAACCAUAAUGUGACCAAGAUGGAAGCAAUUUAAGCAGUAGUCAUUUAGCCUGCUGCUCUUCCGCCCACCGGCUGCUGCGUCGCCAGAGCCGGGGCAUUAGGAUGGGAACAGAUGGAGACUAAUGCAGAGGUUCUGAGCUGAACACACACCAGGAAUCCUGUGUCUCACCUCAAAGGCAGCAAAACACAGGCUGAAGCUUUUAAAAGCCUGACAGAAGACUUCUGAGUCCCAUCUGGCACAGCUCCUUCAGACAGGUUCCCCCGGCUCGACCCGGUCCGGCUCGGCCCAUUCCAGUCUUCCGUAGGAGACACUUCUCAGUGUGUGAUGUGUUCAGGAGGUCAGGAGCACUGGGGGUGGGGGUUGGAGGUGGGGCGGUUCAGGUCUCUGAUUCUUCUACUCUGGCUCCAGAUGAAGAGCCUCCAGCAGCUCUCCUCUUCUUCACCUGCUCUAGCCUGUGUGAUCCUGGAUGGCGUUGCUCUUUUGGGAUAUUUCAGCAGAGGAGUUCCGUUCUGGUCCAGUGUGUAAUUUUAUCUGAGGCUUCAUGCGGGGCUGGUACCUUUUGCCUCCCCUCUCCUUUGUAUCAAUUGGUUCCAGUUGAGCCUAUUGUCGCCACCAGAUUCUUUUCUCUUGGCUCAGUGUGAGGCGGCCUCAGUGCGCUACGGGACGGGCCCGCAGCGCAGCACCAUCCCGAGAGCUGCGUGUCGGACUGGGAUGUAGGGGCACCGGAGCGACCCGGAGGGCUGGACUGCAGUUGUCCGUUUUUUCGCUACAUUGGUGUGUCCCCGACCAUGCCACAAUGAUGGUGAUACCUUUGCUGCUGUUCGUGAGCCUGGUGGAUCCCGUUCGUUCCCGAGCCUGGUGCGCGCCAAGCCAAGCUUGUGACCCCCGGCAGCGGAGAGACGCCGGGGGUCGCGGGGGAGUUUAUGAACACCUCGGUGGAGCUCCGAGACGCAGGAAGCUUUACUGCGCGAGCAAGUUUCACCUCCAGAUCCAUCCGAACGGGAGAAUUGACGGGUCUCUGGAGGAGAACAACCCGCUCAGCAUCAUGGAGAUCACAGCAGUGGAUGUGGGCGUGGUGGCCAUCAAAGGGCUUUUCUCCGGUAGAUAUCUGGCCAUGAACGAUAAAGGAAGGCUGUACGCCUCGGAAGGGUUUAAUAAAGAGUGUGAGUUUGUGGAGCGCAUCCAUGAGUUGGGGUACAACACCUACGCAUCACGACACCAUUCCACAGAGCAGCCGCUGCCAGCAGGAGCAGGCAGUAACAACAAGAGGCGAGCUAGCAUCAGGAGGCAGUGGUAUGUUUCCAUUAACGGCAAGGGACGACCACGGAGAGGGUUCAAGACCCGCAGCACAGACAAAGCCUCACUCUUUCUGCCUCGCGUGCUGGACAACAAGGACCAUGAGAUGGUGAGGAGGUUGACAGACAGUCAAGGUGCACAGAAGCCCACCAGGGGCCGCAGGGAGCGCCGGAGACGCCGGCAUCGUGCCAGGAAGAGCAGGGGUUGGCAGCCCGCUCAGCCCUAGACUCUGGAUCUGAGCUUGUGCUCCAUGACUCAUGUAUGCAUAAAUUCUGGGUUUUGGCACAUAUUACAGCUUGAUUGCAUUGGGGGAUGUGGAGCUGCCCUCUGGAUUAGUGAGUUUUCUCGAUGCACAGGAUAAGAAAGAAAACUCAACGGAGGAAGAGGACUCCCACAGGAGCCGGAGAGCAGGCCUUUUGUAAAACCUGCCCAGAUCCAUUCACUCUGUCCAUUUCUGCUUCAUCCUCUACAAAACUGCAUUUCAUGUCUUCCAAAUGUAAACAAAUGAUUCAUGCUAGAUAAAAUAUUUGUACUAUUAUGUAACAUAUUUUCCAGUAAAAGAAAUCAUCUUAAUGUGGACCCUUUAGACCUUGUUAUUUGUACCUGUCAGGCCUAGUUCUGACACAUGGACAUCAUUAUGAGCCACUCAGGUAGGACAGUCCAGGUGUGAGAUGGGGACUUCUGCUGGGAACACAGACAGGAUGUUUUACUAAACUUAGGAAUAUUUAUUUGGUGUGUGAAACGUAACUUAUUGAUGAGACUAUUGCUGUGCUAACUGUUGUUUGAUGGUUUUCACUCACUGCCUGGUUCUGACCCAAAACCAAAGAACUGACUGUUGAGUGUCUCUGCAAACAUCUGAUUCACCUGAAUCCACACACACACACACACACACACACACACACACACACACAC